AAGGCCCAAUCAGCGUGCCCCCAGCGCUCUGGUCGCAAUGCUCUGCCGUCUCCUCCCCCUGCUGCUCCUGGCCACCGCUCUCGCCGCCGCGGCUGGACACGGGGAUUCCUCCGCGUCCUCAUGCCCCUUCCACGGCGGCCACGACGGGGAGCCCCACGAGCACCAUGACCACGGGCACAGCUGCGGGGGCGCCCACGAUGAUUCCAAUCACGACGACCACAACCACCACCACCACAGCCACCAUCACCGCGACGAGAUCCAGCGGCUGCUACCGGAGGAACUGGCCGAGGAGGCGGAUCUCGAGCUCGAAGGCUUCGCCCACGACCACGAUCACCACCACGACCACAUCCACCGCGAUUUCCAGCCAGAGUCGACACCCAUGGGCGUGUGGUUGAGAGCGAUGGGGUGCUCGCUACUGGUCAGCAUGGCGUCGCUCGUCUGCCUCAUCCUCCUCCCAGUAAUCCUGUUUCAGGGGAAACCGUCGAAGGCCGUUGUGGAUGCACUUGCAGUGUUUGGGGCAGGUGCAAUGCUUGGAGAUUCAUUUCUUCAUCAACUACCUCAUGCUUUUGGUGGAGGGCACUCUCAUUCACAUAAUCAUGAGGACCAUGAUCAUGCUCAGGAGCAUUCACAUGCACACUCCCUGAAAGAUCUUUCUGUUGGCUUGUCUAUUUUAUUUGGCAUUGUAAUGUUCUUUAUCGUCGAAAAGAUUGUGAGGUAUAUUGAGGACAAUUCUCAAAAGGGGGGUCAUAGCUCAGGUCAUGGGCACCAUCAUCACCAUCAUAAACGACAAGACAUUAGUGGCAUAAAAAGUGACCAUGAUGGUAAAGACACAGAUCAAGCACAAAACUCCUCGCAUGAUGGUGCAAGUGGAAAUAUAGAUGCCAAAAAUGAGAAAGAGUCAAAUGCUGCUAUUUGUAAGGAAGCCGUUUUAGGGUCACAGAGAUCAGCUUUGGACGUGAUGCCUGGUGAGCAGAAGAGGAGCUCUUCCAGUUCCAGUGCCACCGACAGAGAGCCUAUCAAUUCUGAAACUGAUCCUGCCCCGGGCAAAGCAUUAUCGAGUGAAGACCCCUCUGUUUCAAACUCCAACCUUGUGUUUGGCUACCUCAAUCUUUUCUCAGAUGGUGUUCAUAACUUCACUGACGGGAUGGCUCUUGGAAGUGCUUUUCUGCUACAUGGAUCUGUUGGAGGAUGGUCUAGAACUUUAUUUCUGCUCGCUCAUGAACUUCCUCAAGAGAUUGGAGAUUUUGGGAUUCUGGUUCGCUCAGGAUUCACCGUAUCUAAAGCCCUAUUUUUCAACUUUCUCUCUGCGUUGGUUGCUCUUGGUGGGACAGCACUGGCACUUUCUUUGGGAACGGAUCCAGGACAUUCCUCUUUGAUUGAGGGAUUUACUGCUGGUGGUUUUAUUUACAUUGCUGUCGCGGGAGUCCUCCCACAGAUGCACGAUCAGAGAACUACGCUAAGCAACUCAAUGUGUCAGUUGACUUUCCUGACAAUGGGAAUGCUGGUGGCUCUUGGCAUAUCUUUGGUAGAAUGAUUUGGGCAUCCACUUCUCUGUAGCUUUAGCGCUGAGAUGCACUUAAAUGAGUGGGAUAAAAUUUUCAACUACAGCCUGGAAUAUGAGUUCCGUGGAUAUUGUGGCUCAAAAUAUAGCAGAACCUUUUUGCCGGACUAAGUUAGUUUCACUUGCAUCAUCAGUACAAUUUGAUAUUCGUGUUGUAAACUUUAUUGUCUUGUGAUCAUAAUUAGUGCAUCUCAAACAAGCUGGUACCAAGGCUAUUACUUCCCCACAUAUAAAAAAAACCUCUUCAGCAA